AUGGCUUCCCAGCCUCAGGGUGGAAAAAAGGUUUUAGACAUCCGGACCUGGGAGCAGACAUUUCAAGAGCUGAUGCAGCAGGAGAAACCCCGGGCCAGAUGGACCCUGAAGCUGGAUGAGAAACUGGAGCCGGACUGCCUCGCCGAAGGCUGGAAACAGUACCAGCAGAAAGGAUUUGGCAGGUUCCAGUGUUCCUCAUGCCGGCGAAAUUGGGCUUCUGCUCAAGUACAUAUCCUCUGUCACAUGCACCUGGAGCCCCAGAAGUCCCAGGGCCAGGUGAUUAUGCGGCUCUUUGCUCAGAGGUGCCAGAAGUGUUCCUGGUCUCGAUUUGAGAAUCCUGAGUUCUCCCCAGAGAGUGCCAUGCGAAUCCUGAAAAACGUGGUGCGGCGUAUUCUGGAGAAAUUCUACGGGAACGGCUUUAGGAAGUUUCCGGAGCUACCAAUCAUCCAGGAGGUGCCUUUGGAUGGGUCCCAUGACACAAAAAAUUGUGAAGCAUGCACUCUGGGCUGCUGUUCAUGGAGGUCACGAAACAACGAGACGGAGCCAUCAAUAUCCCCAUCCUCCUCUAUGGAUAUUAGGAGUUCCUCUUGUCACAUUGGUGACAUGUCUGGCCAAAACCAGGAGUGUGGGUCUAACUAUAACUUUAAGGAGUCAGGGCCCAGCCAUACCACUGCUGAGACCCAAGCUCCUGGAGCAGGCACUCAGCCCAAAGGGGAGACUAGUAGACAGCCCACCCCAAUGGCAGAUAGGCAGGCCACACAGGAAAAUUCACAAUCCACACAGGAGACAGCACCACAGACCCCCUGGAGGACAUACUCUGAGGUUUUAAGGAUGGCCCACCAACAGUCUACACAGCAGUCAUUCUCACAAGCCACAUGGACCAUGUCAAGGAUAAUCUCGAGGUCUACAAUAGAGUCAUACCCUCAGACUAGAGGAAAAACAGCCCCCUCUACACUAGGGUCACACCCACAGCUUACACGGAGGACAGCUAGGGGGCUCGUGAUCCUCAGUAGAACUCAAGCUACCGGGAGACGUUCACCCAGAUACUCCAUUCCAAACACCCAUCGCAUAUACCCUCAUUCAGUGCAACGAGAUGUAUUCUUUGACCUGGAUAUAUCUUUCUACUUCUGGAUCUGUAUUAUUUUGUUCUUUGUCUUUGUAGGCAAAUAUUCAGAAGCAGAAAAAGGGAAAUAA